AUGGCGGAUACCAAGAGCCCAACUCGGGUCGACAUUACAGAUGCCUCGCCGUCGUCAGAUGGCGGUUUGGACCAUGCACCCACCAACUCCCCAGAGAACCUGUCCCACAAGCGGUCGACAUGGAGGCGAUUGGUCGGAUACUUCUGGGAUUCUGUAGACGGAGAUCCUAGGGACAGGCGAUACAUUCAGAAACUCGAUACCUUUCUCUUCUCAUCCAUCUGCUUGGGCUACUUCGUCAAGUAUCUCGACCAAACCAACAUCAGUAAUGCCUUUGUCAGUGGUAUGAAGGAAGACCUUGGCCUUUAUGGAAAUGAGCGAAACUGGUUGAACAGCUACUUCAACAUCGGCUAUUUGAUUGGAACCGUGCCGACGCAGAUGGUACAACUCCGAUACGUCCGACCAUCUAUCUGGAUCCCUCUGUGCGAGGUCCUUUGGUCGAUCAUGGUCAUGGCCAUGGCGGGUGCGAAAAAUGUUGAAACUAAUCAAGAGUUGGCUGACCGUCGCUGCAAGCUUUACGUCCUCCGCUUCUUCUGCGGCCUGUUUGAAGCUUGUGCCUUUCCUGGAUACGCGGCAUUGCUCGGCGGCUGGUACGGCCCUCAGGAGCUAACCAAGAGGGUGGCAAUCUUUGAGCAAACUAGUGCCAUUGCGUCCAUGUUUAGUGGUUAUCUGCAAGCUGCGCUCUACCAAGGCUUGAAUGGGCACAAUGGCCUAGCUGGCUGGAGGUGGCUCUUCAUCUUUGAUGGAAUCAUAUCGAUCCCCAUAGCAGUCUGGGGCUUCUUCGCGAUCCCCGACCUCCCGCACACCACACGCGCGUUCUACUGGAAGGGUGAUGACAAAGAAUAUGGAAUCAAACGCGCAGAAAAUCAUGGACUGGUUGCUCCCAGGAAGCUGACACUAAGAGCCAUCUCGGGGGUGUUCCUGAACUGGAGGUUGUGGGUGUUUAUUCUGCCGUAUUUGAUGGUCGCCCAAUCGGGCAGCGGAACUGGGUACUUUAAUCUAUAUCUCAAGGAUGCUGGGUACAGCGUCGUGCAAACAAACGUCCUGCCAACUGCCGGCAGUGCCAUCAGCGUCGUCGCGGCAUUUCUCGCUGGCAGUAUCGUCGACGCAACUGGAGCAAGGUUCACAGUCUCCGUCAUCAUACAGCUUGCAGUCCUGGUAUCCAACAUCUUGCUGGCUGUUUGGUCAAUCCCGGAGCGAGCAAAGAUGUUUGCCUACUUUUUGUCCUAUGUCGGGGCGGCCGCACAACCAAUCAUCAUCUCGUGGGGCCAACAUUUGACUGCCGGUGAUCCCAUUCUUCGACAGCUUCUUGUUGCCACUGGCAACAUUUUUACCUACAGUUUUUCAACAUGGAUGCCACUGGUUCUCUUCCCAACAAAUGAUGCCCCUCACUACAAAUACGGAUACCAGAUUUUGAUCCUCUGGGGCGGUCUUGCAAUCACAGGAGCAUACUUGAUGAGGGUCCUUAGCAAGCAAUUUAGCCGGAAAACAAGGGAUAUCGAAGGCUGA